AUGAUGAUGCGGUCAGAGGAGGUGGGUGACGCAGUGAACCCCUGCUUGACUGGUAAGAAACGUUACCCUACUAAGGGCGUAAAGAAGACUCCUGGCAAGGCUGGUUUCAAGGCUGGGAAGAAGACUCCUGCUAAGGCCGGCUCCAAGAAAGUUGGCUCUAAGGAUGUGAAGAAGACACCUGGCAAGACUGGCAAGAAGACUCCAUCCAAAGCUGGAAAGAGUGGAAAGGAGAGUGCUGGAAAGGCCGGAGCCAAGAAUACCCCCAAGGACAAGCCUGGAAAGAAGACAGCCAGCAACAAGGCUACUGAUAGCACCAAGGCUGCUGGCAAUAAGAAACCUCUCGACAGCAAGAAAGCCGCUGGUCAAAGUAAGAAGGAGCCAGCCUCAGACGGACUGAGCUGCCCGAUUGGAUCGCGAAGGCUAGGAAAACGUGGCUGUGGCCCAGCCAUUGAGGCGGACGCAAGUCUUGGAACUGGAGAUAACGAUGUCCUGGUCUACAACCAAGUUAUCAUGGCCAGCGGGUUCUGA